GCUCCGGGCCUGAUCUCCAGCAACACUGGCAGCCCUAGGUACCACCCCGCCCCGCUGCCUCGUCCUUCCGUCUUCCCCGACACCAGAAGUUCCGCCCCGAGAGGACUCCGGAGCUUGCGAAUCGCCGAGUCCGUACUUCUGCGCAGGCGCCCUCAGUCCACAGUUGGCUAGGUUCCUGCAGCGAAACCGCUUUGCAGCCAUGGCCCCUCCGCCGCUGUCGCCGCCGCUGUGCGUUCUGCCGCCAGGCUCGGGCCCUCCCCGCUUCGUGUGCUACUGUGAGUCGGAGGACAGCGGAGACGGGGACGGCGGCGGCUUCAACCUCUAUGUGACGGACGCCGCGGAGCUCUGGAGCACCUGCUUCUCGCCUGACAGCCUGGCGACGCUCAAAACCCGAUUUGGCCUAAGUGGGACCGAGGACAUAUCUUCCCGGUUCAGGGCAGCUUGCCAGCAACAAGCAGUGACUGUAAGCCUGCAAGAGGAUAGGGCCUCGAUGACCCUUUCAGGGGACACCUCCACACUAGCCUUUGACCUCUCCAAGGUGCCCAGCCCAGAGGCAGCGCCUAAGCUCCAGGCUUUGACUCUCAGCCUGGCAGAGCGUGUGUACAACCUAGAGAAGCGGCUGGCAGAAGAGACUAGUCCCAGGAAGAACAUCCAUCCAGCGGGUCCUCAGUUCUUCUUACCAGAACCUGAUCACCAGAGAGGCAGCUCUGGACUUGGGGUCAGGAGACGGUGUCCGGGGGAGUCUCUCAUCAACCCUGGCUUCAAAAGUAAGAAGCCAGCUGGCGGUGUAGACUUCGAUGAGACCUGAAGAUACAGCAGAACCUGUGUCCUUGCCAGAAGCCUGUCUACAAGGAAAGGGGUAGAUCCUUGACCCCCACCAACCAGAGAAAGCCACCGCUUAACUUCCACCGACUGGUCUUACAGUUGGGCAGGAGCUCCUCUCAUCCCUUCCUGGUUAAAUAAAGUGCUCUCUUGGGGAGAAAUGCUAGGCCA